UUUUCCCUUCAGAUGAGCCGAAUAACUCUGGAGGAAAAGAGAAUUGUUUACAAAUAUGGUAUAGAAAUGAUACGUACCUUUGGAAUGACAUCUCUUGUGACAGGAACAUCAGAGGCGGAUACAUUUGUCAGAAGAAAUCAGACAUUACAGAGAGCAUUUUAUCAGGAAUGAGUGAACAACCAACAAUAAUAACAACACCCAAAGACACAACUAUAAAACGGAUAGAGAAAUCAGACAUAACAGAGAGCAUUUUAUCAGGAAUGAGUGAACAACCAACAAUAAUAACAACACCCAAAGACACAACUAUAAAAUGGAUAGGUACAACAGCGUCGUAUUUUGAUGACUUAGAAUACAAAGAACAACAUAGAGAUUGCGUGCCAAAUACUGAGAAGAUUGGUAAAAUGGUUGAUUCAGUUCUUAGAGGAAAUCAGUCAAAGAAAGAAAUAGAAGAGACGAUUGAGAGGGCACUACAUAAAUUACAAGAUAUUUCCAUCAAUAAAGAACCAACUUCUGAGGAUUUUGAGAGCUCAAUAAAUUUGUUAGAUGAAAUUGUGAAUGUCUGUAGAGGAUUGAGUGUUUCAAUCCCAAGGAUGAUGAUUGUGACAAUUGACAACCUCCUUGCUGACAACCAUACUGUUGCCUGCCAGAACAAGUCCACAAAACAGGCAACUGCAAGAUUCGAUAAGAUAUUUAGAUUGGUAGACAAGGUCGGCUUACAUAUCUUAGAGACCAUCAAGGAGAACGAAAUCAAUCAAUUUAACAUGACCAAAAAUUUAGUUUUUACAGUUGCAAAGAUUGCAGCAAAACAAAGUGUUAUUUUCCCGGAAAACAGUAGCAUCUUUGGUUCAUCACUAGUGCUUCCUGUGCAGACUCAACGAUUUAAUCGAAAUAUCGAGUACCUUGCGGUAAAAUAUAAUACGCUUGGAAAGUUGAUUAACGACAGAAAUAGAAAUAAAGAUUAUUCAGAAUACAAAAUUUCUUCUGAUAUCAUGUCUUUAACACUCCGCGACCCUUUAUUUGGAGAAAGACUAGACCCUUCAUUGCAUUUAAAGUUCUUAAAGCACGGGAAUUCCCACAAAUUGAUCAGAGAAUGUGUAUUUUGGGAUUUUGAUCUCAAUAACGGAAAUGGUGGGUGGUCAACACUAGGGUGUAGAUUACUAUCUACAGAUGAUCUUUAUCUUCACUGUGAAUGCAACCAUCUGACAAAUUUUGCGGUACUGGUUCGACCAUAUUCAAGGCUUCAAGAGGAAGAUAAGGCGUUGAGUUGGAUAUCUAUAAUUGGUUGUUCGAUAUCCGUGUUUCUCUCUUUGCUGACAGCCAUAGUUUACAUUGUUCUUUGGAAAUCUAUUUCAUGUGACAUCAGCAGAAUGGUAAAUAAGAUCACGGUGCUUCUUUGUCUUAGUAUCGCCCUGGCGUACACGAUAUUUCUAAUAGGAGUGGACAAGAUCCGGUAUAAGGUCGGAUGUACUGUGAUUACAGCAUUGUUACAUUAUCUGUUCCUUUUUGUUUUCUUUCUGAUGCUGGCCAUUGGUUUGUACUAUUUCAGUAGCAUUUCACUGAUCAAAAUGUCAUUUUCAAAAGCAACAACAUUUCAAAGUAAAGCCAAUUUCUUCGGCAAAAUCAUUUGGGGAAUUGUAACUGUUUUGCCAGCGUUUAUAACUGCAACAACAUUUGGAGUUGUAUAUUCCUUGAACAAGGACUACCACUCAAAGACCAGUUGCUGGUUAUCACUUGAAAGUGGGGCUUUGUAUGGCUUCGUUGGACCUGUAGCUUGCAUCGUUCUGAUCAAUAUUGUCAUUGUUAUUAUCCUCUCAGUGACUCUUUGCUCCAUUGGAUUCACACCACAAGAUAAGAGGAGGAACAAGAUAUUAGCCGGAAUAAAGUCCAUCUGUACACUGUUACCUGUUCUGGGUGUCACGUGGUUGUUUGGCCUCUUGUCCAUUAAUGAGGAUGUGGUCGUUUUUCAGUAUAUAUUUGCUCUGUUGAAUUCCUUUCAGGGGCUUUUCAUUUUCAUCUCCAAAUGUCUUUUAAGUAAAAAGAUCAAAAAGUCGCUCGGUGAGAGAAUACAUAAAAAAGAUUCAGAACAUUGGGGAAGUAGGCUUUCUACAUUUCUGAGCAGCAAUCAACUGUCCAUGAAAACAAAAAAGUUUUCUUCAUUGUCUAAAAUCCAGUCUGAAGAAGAAGAUUCUUUUAAAGGAGUAAUCGAAGGGGAUUGCAUUAUGGGUAUUUCUUUCAAGAGUAGAGACGGCGACAAUAUAGCUCUAAAACAAUUAUAGACAAUUGAUUACAACAUGAAAAAUUCCACUAAUAAGAAAAAGAAAGAAAGAUCCAUUGAAGAAUAUUUUAUCACCAAAGCAGCAUAUUAUAGACUUCAUACAUUGUCUAAACAUAACUAUUGCUGUCUUGAGCAUAGUGGAAACUCAUUUGUUUCAUUAUCUGGGCUCUGGGAUCAACUCUCAUUCAAACUUACGAUUUUUAUCAAAGAAAGUUACACGGGUUCUACGUCCUUGGCAAAAGAAGUACAAUUAAUGCAUGGGACGUUUUAAAAUGGUCUAAUGAGCAUAGGUUCCAUGUCGAGUUUGUCACUACUUAAUGGCUUUGACUACCAAGUAUGUCCAAAUUGGUAAGCCCCUGACGUUCAAAUUCUCACAAUAAUGUAAAACAACCAACAAACAAUCAGUCAAUUAUUAUUGAUGAUUAGCAGUUUUAAUGUUUAAAAUUUCAACACUCUUAAUUCUUUAAAGAUACGCUAAUUUUAUUUGUACAUAUCUUUUUAGAAAGGUAAUUUCAAAUCAAUUAGUUGGCUACAAUUAAAAUAAUCUGCUUUUGUUGUUUUUAACUUGAAUUUUAUCUGCAUGAUUAUAGUCAUAUAAAAUUUCUUUGGAAAGUGUUUUAACAGACCACGGUCCAAGAACAACAGUUUACCUUCAGGUACAAAAACAUAUAUUGCUUUGACUCUAGUCUUUUGAAUACAGUUUGUUAUCUCCAUAUCUUUCUUUAACUAUUUUGUCAUAUCUUCUCUUAAGAAAGAACAUUAAAAAUUUUACUACAUUAAGUAUUUGUUUCAAUAAAAUGAAAUGUAUGUAGAUAACGAACAAUAUUCAAGCUCAAAAAUCAAUUAAACAAUAAAAA